UGGAGUUGGGAUUUGCUAUCCUUAUUUAAAUCUGGCCAAUGCUUCAACUGUUCAAUUUGUUUACCCAAAUGGUCAAAAAUCUUACCCGGUUAAUGGAGUCAUUACUCAGGGUUGGUUCACCAUUGAUUCCACCUUGAGAGAUCUCCAGAACGUAACAUUGAUUCGAGGAAUAUUCACGCGAUCAGAGAAAUUCGAUGGAAAUGGAUAUACGAUUCCCACGAUUCAAAAUGUAGCCGAGCAGAUUAAGCCACAAGGAGGUUUUUGGUUGCAUGUUCAGCACGAUGCAUUCUACGAGCAACACAAUUUAAGCAUGAGCAGUUUUCUAGUAUCAGUUUCAAGAACUGUUUCCAUUGACUUCAUCUCUUCUCCUGAAGUGAAUUUCUUUAAGAAAAUUACUGGCCGUUUCAAGCGUAAUGGACCGAGUUUUGUGUUUCAGUUUCUUGGGAAAGAAGAUUUCGAGCCGACAACAAACCGAACCUACGGUUCUAUAUUGAGUAACUUAGCUUUUGUCAAGACGUUUGCUUCAAAGAUUCUUGUUCCCAAGUCUUACAUAUUUCCACUCGAUGACAAGCAGUACUUGCUUCCUCCUACAUCAUUAGUUCAAGAUGCUCACAAAGCAGGAUUAGAAGUAUAUGUGUCAGGUUUCGCAAAUGAUAAUGAUCUCGCUUAUAACUAUAGUUACGAUCCAGUGUCGGAGUAUCUAUCUUUUGUGGACAAUGGUGAUUUCUCUGUGGAUGGUGUGAUCUCUGAUUUUCCCAUGACUGCAUCUGCAUCAAUUGACUGCUUCUCCCACAUUGGCAGAAACGCUACAAAACAAGUGGAUUUUCUAAUUAUAUCAAAAAAUGGUGCGAGUGGGGACUAUCCUGGAUGUACAAACUUGGCAUAUGAGAAGGCAAUCAAAAAUGGUGCUGAUGUUAUUGUUUGCUCGGUCCAAAUGUCCAGCGACGGUACACCAUUUUGCUUAAGUUCAAUAAAUCUCGAGGACAGCACAAUGGUCACCCUAUCUCCCUUUAUGAACCGUGCCACAAUUAUACAUGAGUUUAGCUCAGUUGAUGGAAUAUACACUUUUAGUCUCACAUGGCCUUGA